UGUUAUCCCGUUGCUAUCCCCGUUAUCCCGCAGUGCAGCGCUUCAUCAGCGAGGACCGGCUCCCCCAUCUGCUCCUCUAUGGGCCGCCUGGUACCGGGAAGACAUCCACCAUCCUGGCCUGUGCCCGGCAGCUUUAUCGGGAGCGGGAGUUCGGCUCCAUGGUGCUGGAGCUCAACGCCUCCGAUGACCGGGGCAUUGACAUCGUCCGAGGGCCCAUCCUGAGCUUCGCCAGCACCAGGACCAUCUUUAAGAAAGGCUUCAAGCUGGUAAUCCUGGAUGAAGCUGAUGCCAUGACCCAGGAUGCUCAGAACGCCCUGAGGAGAGUGAUCGAGAAGUUCACAGAGAACACCCGGUUCUGCCUCAUCUGCAACUACCUCUCCAAGAUCAUUCCCGCCCUGCAGUCCCGCUGCACCCGCUUCCGCUUCGGCCCGCUGACCCCAGAGCUGAUGGUGCCGCGGCUCCAGCACGUCAUCCAGGAGGAGGGGGUGGACGUGACCGAGGACGGGAUGAAGGCUCUGGUGACGCUCUCGAGCGGGGACAUGCGCAGGGCCCUCAAUAUCUUGCAGAGCACCUCCAUGGCCUUUGGGAAGGUGACAGAGGAGAACGUUUACACCUGCACGGGACAUCCCCUCAAGUCUGACAUCGCCAACAUCCUCGACUGGAUGCUGAACCAGGAUUUUUCCACGGCCUACCGCAAAAUCAUGGAGCUGAAGACGCUGAAGGGCCUGGCCCUGCAGGACAUCCUCACUGAGAUCCAUCUAUUCGUGCACAGAGGUGGGGAAAGGGUCCAGCUCCGGAUGAUCCUGGAGAGGCCAAAUUCCCCCCUGCCCUUCACUGAGUGUUUCCUUCUCUCCACAGUCGACUUCCCCCCCUCCAUCCGCAUCCAGCUGCUCAUCAAGCUGGCAGACAUCGAGUACCGCCUGGCUGCUGGCACCAACGAGAAGAUCCAGCUGAGCUCCCUCAUCGCCGCCUUCCAGGUCACCAGGGACCUGGUGGUGGCUGAAGCCUGAUCCUGCUGGGUGGAUCUGCUGCUGGAUUUGGAAGGACCAUCAGCCCCAUGCCUGGAGCUGCCUCCUGCAGCUUCCCAGUUCCUUUUCGGAAGCCCUGAGUGCACAGUCAGGGUGAAAAGGUUGUUAAAAAGUAGCAUUAUUCCCAGUGGGAAAAUACAGGUGCCUCCAAAGCCCA